GCCACUCUAGGCGUCCCACCGGCUCGCCCCGCGUCGCCCCGGCUCCCCCGGGGCCGCCGGCCGGAGGAUGGACGAAGAUGGACCGCGAGCGGCCGAGGAGGAUCCGGAGCCGGGCAGAGCCAAGACUUUCAUCCGCCUUAAUGACCUGUCCGGGGCCGGGGGCCAGCCGGGGCCGGGGGACAGGGAGGCGGGCAGCGGCGACUCGGAGGCGGAGGCGCUGCCCUACCCGGCGCUGGCCCCCGUCGUCUUUUUCUACCUGAGCCAGGAGAGCCGGCCGCGGAGCUGGUGCCUCCGGUUGGUCUGUAACCCAUGGUUUGAGAGGGUCAGCAUGCUGGUGAUCCUGCUCAACUGCGUGACGCUGGGCAUGUUCCACCCCUGCGAGGACAUCGCCUGCGACUCGCCGCGCUGCCGGAUCCUCCAGAGCUUUGAUGACUUCAUCUUUGCCUUCUUUGCUGUGGAAAUGAUCGUCAAAAUGAUUGCACUGGGGAUUUUUGGGAAGAAAUGCUACCUGGGAGACACGUGGAACCGCCUGGACUUCUUCAUCGUCAUUGCAGGGAUGCUGGAGUACUCCCUGGACCUGCAGAACGUCAGCUUCUCGGCCGUCCGCACUGUCCGAGUCCUGCGGCCACUCAGGGCCAUCAACAGGGUCCCCAGUAUGCGCAUCCUGGUGACUCUGCUCCUGGACACGCUGCCCAUGCUGGGGAACGUCCUCCUCCUCUGCUUCUUCGUCUUCUUCAUCUUCGGCAUCGUGGGAGUCCAGCUGUGGGCAGGUUUGCUCAGGAACCGCUGCUUCCUCCCCGAGAACUUCAGCAUCCCCUACACGGUGGAUUUGGAGCGGUACUACCAGACAGAGAAUGAAGAUGAAAAUCCCUUCAUCUGCUCCCAGCCCCGGGAGAAUGGGAUGCGCUACUGCCGGAGCAUCCCAACACGGAGGGAAGAGGGUCUGGAGUGCACUCUGGAUUAUUAUUCCUACAAUGACACCACCAACACCUCUUGUGUGAACUGGAACCAAUACUACACCAACUGCUCUGCUGGGGAGCACAACCCCUUCAAGGGAGCCAUCAACUUUGAUAACAUUGGCUACGCCUGGAUUGCAAUAUUUCAGGUCAUCACGCUGGAAGGCUGGGUGGACAUCAUGUACUUUGUCAUGGAUGCACACUCCUUCUACAACUUCAUCUACUUCAUCCUCCUGAUCAUUGUGGGCUCCUUCUUCAUGAUCAAUCUGUGCCUGGUGGUGAUAGCGACGCAGUUCUCCGAGACAAAGCAGCGCGAGAGCCAGCUGAUGAAGGAGCAGCGCGUGCGGUACCUGUCCAACGCCAGCACCCUUGCCAGCUUCUCAGAGCCAGGAAGCUGCUACGACGAGCUCCUCAAGUACCUGGUUUACAUUGCCCGGAAAGGCAGCAAGCAGCUGGUGAAGGCCUACAGGGCAGCAGGCGUGAGGAUGGGCUUCCUCAGCAGCCCCACGAGCAAGGCGAGGGCCGAGCGGCGCGCCAGGAAGCGCCAGGGCAGGAAGAGAUCCUCCGUGCACCACCUCAUCCACCACCACCACCACCACCACCACCACUACCACCUGGGCAACGGGAACCUGCGAGCGCCCCGUGCCAGCCCGGAGAUCAGCGACGUGGAGACCAGCUCCCUGCACAAUGGGACCAACCGGCUGAUGCUCCCUCCCUCGGCACCCAAUUCCCUGGGGGGCCCCAGCACCUCUCCCAGCAACACCGAGUCCGUGCACAGCAUCUACCACGCCGACUGUCACUUUGAGCCGGUGCGCUGCCGCUCGUCCCUGACGCAGCCGAGCCUCGGCUUGCCCAGCCCAGAAGGGAUCCCCCAGAACAUAGUGGGCAGCAAGGUGUACCCCACGGUGCACUCCAGUACCUCCCAUGAGAUGCUGAAAGAGAAGAACCUGGGGGAGGCGGCGGUGGGUGCUGGGAGCAGCACCUUGACGAGCCUCAACAUCCCGCCCGGUCCGUACAGCACCAUGCACAAGCUGCUGGAGACACAGAGCACAGGGUUCUUCUCAGUCCACGUUACAGAGAAAGGCGAUGGCUUUCCAGGUGCCUGCCAAAGCUCUUGCAAGAUCUCCAGCCCCUGCAGCAAGCUGGAUGGUGGCUCCUGCAGCCCUGAGAGCUGCCCUUACUGCCUGACAGCGCUGGCGGGCGAGGCCGAGCUGUCGGACAAUGAGACAGCCGACUCGGACAGUGAGGGGGUCUAUGAGUUCACACAGGACGCCCACUACAGCGACCAGCGGGACCCACAGAGGGGCAGAGCCCGGGCCAGGAAAGCCCACCUGGUGCUGGCCUUCUGGCAUGUGGUGUGUGAGACUUUCCAGAAGAUCGUGGACAGCAAAUAUUUUGGCCGUGGGAUCAUGGUGGCCAUUCUUAUUAACACGCUCAGCAUGGGGAUCGAGUACCACGAGCAGCCAGAGGAACUUACCAAUGCCCUGGAGAUCAGCAACAUUGUCUUCACAAGCCUCUUUGCCCUGGAGAUGCUGUUGAAAGUCCUUGUUUAUGGUCCUUUUGGCUACAUUAAGAAUCCAUACAACAUCUUUGAUGGGAUCAUUGUGGUGAUUAGCGUGUGGGAGAUCGUGGGCCAGCAGGGCGGGGGGCUCUCGGUCCUGCGCACCUUUCGUCUCAUGCGGGUGUUGAAGCUGGUGCGCUUCAUGCCAGCCCUGCAGCGCCAGCUCGUCGUCCUCAUGAAGACCAUGGACAACGUGGCCACCUUCUGCAUGUUGCUGAUGCUCUUCAUCUUCAUCUUCAGCAUCCUGGGCAUGCACCUCUUUGGCUGCAAGUUCGCUUCAGAGCGGGAUGGUGACACUCUGCCCGACAGGAAGAACUUUGACUCCUUGCUUUGGGCCAUCGUCACUGUUUUCCAGAUUUUGACCCAGGAAGACUGGAACAAGGUCCUUUACAAUGGCAUGGCCUCCACCUCAUCCUGGGCUGCUCUCUACUUCAUCGCUCUCAUGACAUUUGGGAACUACGUUCUCUUUAAUCUGCUGGUGGCCAUCCUGGUAGAGGGUUUCCAGACAGAGGAGCUCUCCAAGCGAGAAGAGGCGAGUGGGCAGUUAAGCUGUAUUCAGCUGCCUGUCGACUCGGCGGGGAAAGGCAAACUGGGAGUGCAAGAACAGGGUGAUGCUUCCAAGUCUGAUUCCGAGGGGGAUCUCUUCCCCCACAGCCUGGAAGAGGAGGGAGAACUUAAGAAAAACUUGUCAAAUCCAGCCUUGAUGGCCCUGAGCGAGCACCCGGAGCUGAAGAAGAGCCUGACCCCUCCGCUCAUCAUCCAUACGGCCGCCACUCCCAUGCCCAUGCCCAAGAGCGCCGUGUUCGGGGACACGCCGCAGGGCCACGAGUCCCGCCGGGCCAGCGGCGCCUCCGUGGAUCCCGUGGCCACCUACGAGCUCAAGUCCCCGCCCAGCGCCCGCAGCUCCCCGCACAGCCCCUGGCGCGCCGGCGGCUCCUGGAACAGCCGCCGCUCCAGCUGGAACAGCAUCGGCCGAGCCCCCAGCCUCAAGCGCCGCGGGCAGAGCGGCGAGCGCAGGUCCCUGCUGUCCGGGGAGGGCCAGGAGAGCUCGGAGGAAGGGGACAGCUCGGAUGAGGAGCGCUCCAGCCGCGCCGGCAGCUUCAACGGCUCGCUGCCUCAGCGCAUGGAGUCGCUGGAGACAAAAGGCUCCUUUGACCUCCAGGAUACGCUGCAGGUGCCGUCCCUGUAUCGGACCAGCAGCAUGCACAGCGCCAGGACGUCUGUCUCCGAGCACCAGGACUGCAAUGGGAGGACCUCUCCGGGCCUGCUGCUGCACCAGCUCCACCUGGAUGAGCCCCACCAGGACGGCGAUGAUGGUGAUGAUGAAGGUAGCAUGAGCAAGAGGGACCGUGUGAAGGCCUGGCUGCGGGCACGGCUCCCCACCUGCUGCACAGAGAGGGACUCCUGGUCCAUCUACAUCUUCGCCCCUCACUCCAGAUUCCGUCUGAUGUGCAAUAAAAUCAUCACUCACAAGAUGUUCGAUCACGUCGUCUUGGUGAUCAUUUUCCUGAACUGCAUUACCAUUGCUAUGGAACGACCCAAAAUUGAGCCUCACAGCGCUGAACGGAUUUUCCUAACACUCUCCAACUACAUCUUUACAGUCAUCUUCCUGACUGAGAUGACAGUUAAGGUGGUGGCACUAGGCUUGUGUUUUGGGGAGAAAGCCUACUUGAAGAGCAGCUGGAAUGUGCUGGACGGGGUGCUGGUGCUCAUCUCCGUCAUUGACAUCCUGGUCUCGAUGGUGUCCGACAGCGGCACGAAAAUCCUGGGAAUGCUGCGGGUCCUGAGGCUCCUGAGGACACUGCGGCCCUUGAGAGUCAUUAGUCGAGCCCAAGGACUGAAGCUGGUGGUGGAGACUCUCAUGUCAUCCUUGAAACCCAUUGGGAACAUUGUGGUCAUCUGCUGUGCCUUUUUCAUAAUCUUCGGGAUCUUGGGAGUUCAGCUUUUCAAAGGCAAGUUUUUUGUGUGCCAGGGGGAGGACACCAGAAACAUCACAAAUAAAUCGGAUUGUACAGAAGCAAGCUACAAAUGGGUCCGGCACAAGUAUAAUUUUGAUAAUCUCGGCCAGGCCCUGAUGUCUCUCUUUGUCCUGGCCUCCAAGGACGGGUGGGUGGAUAUCAUGUAUGAUGGCUUGGAUGCUGUGGGAGUCGACCAGCAGCCAGUCAUGAACUACAAUCCAUGGAUGCUCCUCUACUUCAUUUCCUUCUUGCUGAUUGUGGCCUUCUUCGUCCUCAACAUGUUUGUGGGGGUGGUGGUGGAGAAUUUCCACAAGUGUCGGCAGCACCAGGAGGAGGAAGAGGCCAAGAGGCGGGAGGAAAAAAGGCUCCGCCGGCUGGAGAAAAAGAGAAGGAGUAAGGAGAAACAGAUGGCUGAUCUAAUGCUGGAUGAUGCAUUAAUGGAGAGCUCAGCCAGCGCAGUGCAAGAAGCUCAGUGUAAGCCCUACUACUCGGAUUACUCCCGCUUCCGCCUCCUGAUUCACCAGAUGUGCACCAGCCACUACCUGGACCUGUUCAUCACCGGCGUCAUCGGCCUCAACGUCAUCACCAUGGCCAUGGAGCACUACCAGCAGCCAAAGGUUCUUGACGAAGCCCUGAAGAUUUGCAAUUACAUCUUCACCGUUAUCUUUGUCAUGGAAUCUGUUUUCAAGCUUAUUGCCUUUGGGUUUCGCCGCUUCUUCCAAGACAGAUGGAACCAAUUAGAUCUGGCAAUUGUGCUGCUGUCUAUCAUGGGUAUCACUUUGGAAGAGAUCGAGGUGAAUGCUUCACUACCAAUUAACCCCACGAUUAUCCGGAUCAUGAGGGUUCUCAGGAUCGCCCGAGUGCUGAAGUUGCUGAAGAUGGCUGUGGGGAUGAGGGCCCUCCUGGACACCGUGAUGCAAGCACUACCGCAGGUGGGGAAUCUGGGCCUUCUCUUCAUGUUGUUGUUUUUCAUAUUUGCAGCUCUUGGAGUGGAGCUGUUUGGAGACCUCGAGUGUGAUGACACACACCCUUGCGAGGGGCUAGGACGGCACGCCACAUUCAGGAACUUUGGGAUGGCCUUCCUGACCCUCUUCCGAGUAUCCACAGGAGACAACUGGAAUGGGAUAAUGAAGGACACGCUGCGUGACUGUGACCAGGAGUCCACCUGUUACAACACCGUCAUUUCCCCCAUCUACUUCGUCUCCUUCGUGCUGACAGCCCAGUUUGUCCUGGUCAACGUGGUGAUCGCGGUGCUCAUGAAGCACCUGGAGGAGAGCAACAAGGAGGCCAAGGAGGAGGCAGAGCUGGAAGCAGAACUGGAGAUGGAGAUGAAGACCAUCAGCCCUGGCCAGCACGGCCCCUCGGACAUCUUUGUGUGGACAGGCACCACCAGUGGAGAGAGACCCGAGAGCCCCCGCGGAUUUGCCAAUCCCAUGCAAAUCAAGGGGGAUUCUCAGCUCUCACUAGCUUAUCAUAUGGCCGAUCUCCGCUCCAAGGACGACGCGCUGGCCCUGUCUCCCAGCAAGGACCUGCUGAGCGUGAGGAAGCCCUCGGUGGGACGCACGCACUCGCUGCCCAACGACAGCUACAUGUUCCAGCCGCCCUGCUCCAGCCCCAGCCCUGCCUCCCUGGGCGACAGGAGACCGGCGCACCACAAGUCCCAGUCAGGUUCAAAGGCGUCGGUGCAGUCGCAGCCGGCAGACACCAGCUCCCUCCUGCAAAUCCCAAAGGACCAUUUCCACCCUGCACGAGCUCCCAACCAUUUGGUGGGGGAGAGCAAGCCCCGGAUCUCCCAGCAGGUACACUCCCCUUCUGCUGAAAGGCUGCUCCGCAGACAGAUGGCUAUAAGGAACGACUCUCUGGAUAGCAAGGAGAAUCUCCACACCGAGGCACCAGCAUCCUGUGCUUGUGCAGACUCGUAUCAGGAGACCCCUGAAGAUUCAAUGGACCAAGAAGUAUCUGAAAUCAACAGCUCCUCAGAGCCUUUCACUUCAGAAACUUGCACAGCCUCGAGUGCCUGUUCGGAGGGUCAGCCUCUCACACCUAAGAGGAACGUGGGCAAUACCGGCAGCGUGGUACUGAAGGACCUGAAGAAAUACCACAGUGUAGACACCCAGGGUCUGCUAAAAAAGCCACCCUCCUGGUUAGAUGAUCAAAGGAGACAUUCAAUAGAGAUUUGUUCCAUAGAAAACAGCCCUCAGCACCAUUCCACAUCCAGCUCCUCUGGCUUUAUAAGUCAGGUGGUCAGUGAAAUGGAAUGCUUGCAAGGUACACGACAGAAGAAGAAACUGAGCCCUCCCUGUAUAUCUAUAGAUCCACCUGACGGGCAGAGUUUGGUACCUAGAGGACCCCACAGCAUCUCACCUGCCAGUGGAGACGUUUGCUUGAGGAGGCGUGCUCCAUCCUGUGAGUCCAAGGAUUCCAUGGAUAUAGGGGAUUCACUGCUUCCAGACAGUAUGUCAACAUCUCCUACCCCAAAGAAAGACUUGUUGACACUUCCUAGCUUUUCCUUUGAUCAAACCGAAAUGGACCCCUGAGUUACUUUUCUGUUGGUGCCAAAUGUCUUCUUCCUUUCAUGUAAUAGAAAAAAAAAAAUUAAAAACUCUCUACUCCAAAAUGGCACUGGGUAAAAAAUUUCCAAAGAAAGAUUAAAGAACCAGCUGGUUAAAAGAGUGGUUAACCUAUAUCACGCUUACUUAAGCAUAUGUUCUGCUUAGGUAAAAGCAAUACAAUGUGCAGAAUCUAUAUGUAUAUUAUAUUUUAUUAAAUUAAUUGAAUCUAGUAUUGCGGGAUGUAGUACAUUUUGUGAGUAAAGACUCAUUUAAUUUUCUUCUA